AUGACGUCAGCAGCAACAAUGACGUCCCUACCAACAACGUCACCCUCUGCUGCGCUCACGGCUCCCCGUCACACCCUAUCAUCAAGUUCACUCUCUUUCCCUGUGAGGCGCGAGGGCCACCAGCGGCAGCUCCGGAGUUUGACGGUCCAGCGCAGGAGUGCAGGAGGUGUGGUGAGGGCAUCGAACCAGGGUGAAGGCGGUCAGGGGCGCGGGCAAGCGGCCGAGAAACGCCCGCUAUUUACCAAGGACGACGGGCCAUAUUUCGCCAAAGCUCUAGGGGGGUGCGUGGUGGGAGCGGUGGUGAUCAAGUAUGGAAGCCUCUUUAUUGUGCCGCAGCUUACCGAAUCGCCCAGCUUGGCCGUUGCCCUCACAAUCAUCAUGUCCCCUGUUGUACUCUCUGCCAUUUUGCUUGCAUAUGCAAGCUCAAAGUCUGACUGA